AUGGCGCUGGAAGAUAUCGUGUACGUCAUUUGUGACAGCCAGAAGGGUCCAGUUUCCCUUUGUGGGUGGAUAGUCGGGCUGCCGGGCGCAGACGCUGUGAUCGGGACUUCAGUGAAGGCCACCCUUGGCCUGCCGCAGACUGCUACAGGAAAGCAGGGUGAGCACGAGGUCUCUUUUGUGCGUGUGCCCUUAGCGGCCGUGACCGAGCAAGCACCUGCUGGAUGGACCGGGCUGCGCCCCAAGGAUCUGCCUCCUUUGAGGCCCUGCCAGGCUGCGUGGAAGGCUAUCGAAAAAGGCGGGGCAGAGCUGGAGAGCAGUGGGGCCGAGAUGCCUCGAAGCACGAAGGCGGCUGGCAAGAGCCGAGGGUCCUUGAAAGAGGAUCUGAAGAGCCUGCAAGGGCUCUGGAAGGACGAGGAAGACGAAGACGAAGACGAGACGGACGACGAAGAGGACGACUUCCCUCGCAGCCGCCGGAAGAGUCGAGUUCUACCUCCGGGGCAGACGGCCAAGAGCCGCAGCUCCCGGGAAUCGCGGGAAGAAGGAGGCGAUCUGGACAUGCGAAAAAUGAUUCGCAAAGGUCUGGCCGAGGGCCAGAGCCCCAACGAGCUGAUGCCUUUGAUGUUGAUGACUCUCGCUUUGGAAAAAGGCGAGGGCCGGCGGAAGAAGAAAGGCAAGGAAGCAGGUCGGGACCUCAACCUGCUUGGUUUUUCGGACUCCGACGACAGCGACGAGGAGACAGGGCACUUGGGGAAGGGCAUGCAGGCAGUGGCCACGCUCCACCGAUUGCACGAGUGCAUCCGGAAGCGGCCCAGGCGAAUCAUCCAGCAGUUCGAGGCCGAGGUUGUGAGAGAGCUCGGCGUGACGGCCGGCCAGCCAUGGACCCUCAACGAUUGGGUCAAGCGCCAGAGCUGGGGCAAGUUCAAGGGACUGCAGAGGGCUGCGGUUCAGGACGUCGAGGUCUACGAGUUGCUCCGCAACGGGGAGUCAGCCGCCGCAGCGGCACAAGUGAUCCAGAACUUGAAAAGCAAGGUCCAGUGUGUGCUGCAGGGGGGCGACUGGCAAACGGCCUGGCUCCUGACGGGUCUCGAAGACCCCUUGACCAAGAAGGAGUUCGCCGGCUCGAAGCAGGAGAUGGCGAUCAUCUCUUCCUAUGUGAAGGCCCUGGCCGACCUCAAGAAGAAGGUUCGUGAAGGGCACUCGGCCGGGAGCGCAGCCGACGAGGUGGGCGAGCAAGUUGUGCAUCCUGUCUUGGUUUUCGGGAAUUCGAGAUUUGUUUCUUAUGUUUCGUGGUUCGAGGGGGCCCAAAGUUUCCUGCUGGAGCGGUCCGGCGACCAUGUGCCACUCUUUCCAUGUGCCUUGCCCUUCCCCGAAGUGGUGGUGGCAGCGAGCUUCCCGUCGGAUGAGUCAGGGAUUUUGUCAUGGUGGUCCCGGGCCUUCGUGAAUACGUUUGUGGCCUGGGGCAACUUCGUGACCCUGGGGUGUCCGGCGGAGGGUGCAAGUGCAUAUGAGCCGCGAGUGAGCUACAGAUGUGCGGCGGAAGCCCGGGCUUUCGCUCUUGAGCUCCUUGGCGAGGUGGAGGAAUUUGCUACUUUGGACUUGGUUCUGGGUCGUCUUGGGUGCUCCGGAAAGAGGGGUUGUAUAGAUGAGCUUCUCAGGCAAGUCCGCUGUACAGGCGGUGCAUGUUAUGCGGGGACGGCCCAGGUACCGGGAAAGGUUUCGACCGCUUUGCCGGUGGUCGCCUCGCGGGUGGCUCUGCCUCCUAAGGCAGGGUUGGUGGAUCCAUGUAUGUGGUUGCCGCCCGAACGUGCGGCAAUUCUGCAGGACUUGGCUGGCCUUAAGAAGGCAGAGGAUGCCUGGGGUGAUGUGCCCGUGGCCUGCCACCAGGUUGCGCCGAGUGAAGAGGACGAGCUGGUGCGCAGGCUAGUUCGGCAUGGUAUGGCGCUCCCGUUCUUGGAGGACGCUCUUCCUCGCGAUCGUGAAGGGCGGCCGGAGAACGCCACCAUGGAGAAGCUGCCUUGGGCCAAGCUCCCGAGCGGGGCCUGCUUUACGAGGUUCGGCGAGAACUUGGCCUUCUACCUCAUCGGGAGUACAGGCUGUGCACGAGUCGGUGUUGCAGAUGGUGAGCCGGUUCCACGCGGCCCGUCCUGGCAGGGGGUGUACAUAGACGACCUCCUGAUCUGCCAGAGGUGCUCGCUCCCCCGGCCGGUGCCAUUGGAUGGAAGCUUCCUGCCACCACCCCCUCUGCCACAGGAUGAGGACGUGCAGAAGGUAGCGGCGGCCGAGCAGGCGUACGAGGAGGCGGGCUUGCAGCGUGCCAUCCACAAGGAGUUUCGGUACCAAUGUGCUUUCAAGGCGUGGGGUGCUGAAGUAGACGGCGUGGCCGGCAAGGUCGGAGCGCCCAAGGACGUGCGCAGGCAGGUCUGGAUGCUCCUGUUCAAGAUUGUGUCGGCUGGCUUCGCUAGUGGAGAUGUUCUUCGGCAGGUGCUGGGCUAUUUGGCCUAUAUCUUCCAAUACCGUCGGGAGCUUUAUGCAUUGCACCAUCGUAUGUAUAAGUUCGUGGAUGGGAUGCCUCCGGACAGGUGGAUCAAGCUGCCGAAUUACGUGCUGGACGAGUUGCGGUCGUGUGCUUUGCAUCUGCCUUUUGCUGUGUCUUCCAUGCGCCGCCGGGUGUCAAGCACCUUGCUGGCGACCGACGCGACUCCGACCUCAGGUGGAGCUGUGGUCACGGAGGCCCCCGAGGCCCUGGCAGAAGAGCUCUGGAGGCAGAGCGAGAUCAAAGGCGAGGCCGUGCGCAUUGACCGAGGGCUGGAGAGCGAACUGAGCGACAGUGUUCCGAAGGUGCCCUCGGUUUUCGCCAGCACGGUCGGCGAGUGCCUACCUUGGCAUGUGGUCGCCUCGUACACUUUUCGCGAGACCUCCCACGUCAACUUACAGGAGCUGCGUGCUUGGCGCCGGGAAAUGUGCCGUAUUGCAGCCAGCGGGGGACACAGGAAUUGCAUCAUAGUGGCACUCAAUGAUUCGCGUGUCGUGGUCGGUGCCGUGGCCAAGGGAAGAUCGUCAAGUGUGCGAUUAAACAACCUGCUGAGAGGCGCCCUGCCCCACUUGAUCCUGGGGGGCGUUUCGGGGGCUGUCCUGUGGAUAGAGACUGCGGCAAACCCGGCCGAUCAUCCGUCGAGGUUUCGGCCGCUUCCUGCUCCUCGCGCUCCUCCAGGCUGGUUGCAGGCUUUCGGGAUCCAAGAGAGUUUGCGGCUCCGUGGGUGCGAGGUCUGCUCGGGAGAUGCGAUCGUCACCCAGGCACACAAGGACCUCAACCUAGAGAUGGGUCCACCUUUGGAUCUGUUGCAGGGGGGCGCCGGGCAAACCCGAGUCGCGGAGUUGCACAUUGAGGUGGCCCGGGGAUUUACCAACUGGCUGUGGCUGGCGCCGCCAUGGACAGGCUUCACCGCGUGGGAAAACACACGGCUUCCGAGCUGUGGUGUGGCAGUGUUGCCUGGACCUGGCUUGGGCAGUCGUGCAGGCUGGUGGCUGCUGCAUCCACGGCGCAGUCGGGCCUGGGGCCUGGCUACCACAGAGAGCCUCUUGCACGUCGAGGGUGUUCGCUUGCUCAAAGUCGACGGCUGUGCUUUUGGUCAGACUCGGGGCCGUGCGGUGCCCAAGCUACCAUUGCGAAUCUUGACGAAUGCACCGUGGGCCCAAGCCAUUGAGAAAGAGUUCGGGAGCUGGGCCGUGCGGUGGCGGAUGCCCUCGUACGGUGGACGCCUUCGCAAUGCUAACCUCACUCCGGCAUACCGCCGGGGUUUGCGGGUGGCGGCUCAAUGGUUGUUCGAUUUAGCUGUUAGCUUGGGCUGUCGCUUGACCAGAGACACGCCGCCGCCCACGAUUGAUAGGGUCCUUGAGAAGUGCAUUGACGAAGCAUACCGCAGCGGGGAGAAGCUCUACUUUGUCAGGCUCGGGCUGAUUGGGCUCCAACGUAACUCCACGGAGGGCUUUGCGAGGGAGUGCUAUUGGGGAGCCAUGUUGGAUCUGGACCUCACCUUCCCAGAUGGCUGUGCUGAGGAGCUCGAGGCCGGGGGCCUCGUGAUCACCAUCCGGAAGCCAAAGACUCGGCGGCUGUGGCAGACCCAAUUCGUGCUGGUUAAGGACCUGUGCUUGAUUAGGUGGCUUCGGUGGUGGACCGCAGGCACCCGCCAUGAUCGCAUUCUGUUCAGGGUGGCCCGGCGACAAUGGAGCCGCCUCUUUGCCGAAGGCUUGUGCCGUCUUCAUCUGGGCGACCGAGGUUUCACUCUCAGCAGCCUCCGCUCCGGAGGUGCAACGUGGCAUUUUCGGGUCUACGAGAAUCUGCCGAAGUUACAGUACAUGGGCCGGUGGUCACGUCCAGACACUCUUAAGUACUAUCUGCACGAGGCCAUGACCAUUAAAGUGGAUGCGGAAGCCAAGCCCGAAUCCAAGGAUGCCGUGCAUUUGGCCUUGCAGCAUGUGGACAAGCUUGAGACCUGGUGCAGACACAUGGCGGAAGUUGGAACGAUCGCUCCCAAACGGGCGGUGUUCCGGCUCAGCCGUACGGCGCCGGCGCGUGGGGACUCUGGUGAUGCCUCUACUGGAGAUGUGCAGGGCGCGACGGAGGCGCUCAUGUCAGCUGUGGGCUGGGCCGCGGAUGGGCUGGGUACUGUGGACGUGGAUGGUGGUCGCACGGCGGCGGAGAUCCUGGGGGACGAAGCGUCGCGGGCCUCGGCGGCGCGCUGGCGCUCAGGAAGUUUGCAGCGCAAACUGACGGCGGUCUUGGCGAGGUUGGUUACGUCAGUUCAUUCGGCGACGCCGCCGGGACCCAGCUCGAGACCUCUGGCUCCCGUCCAACCGCUGCCCCUACGACCUACCACCGCAACCGGAAGUGCACCUACUAGCUCACUGCCGUUUGGUUGGAGGUGGUCCGGCCCUUCGCUCUGCUGGCCACGGACCUGGCGUUGGAAAACACUGGCGCUGCUUGGGCUGAUGUGCCUGUUUCCUCGGGUCGUGGCUCUGCUCCUGGCGUUGCUCUUUCGCCUCUUCAUUCGUGGAUGCCUCGCCUUAGCCAGCCACGUGCUCCGAGAGCUGUGCACGCAAACUUUGGCUUUGGCAGGGGAGCUGGAAAGCUUCAUCGUGGAGUGGCUCACCCUGCAGCUCGGCAUGCAGACACGACGACCCCGGCACAGUUGA